UUGGCUCGAGGACCUUCUCACCCCCGCCCCCCACCCCCUACCUGGGAGCAAGUGGGAGACAGCUCCGCCUGGAGGGGCCCAGAUUGGGGGCGUGUGGAGGCUGGGGGAGGGGUCGGGCUGGGGGGUAAGCGGCCCAGACGCCUGUGACUGCGGCGGCAGCGCUAGCGGCAGCCGGGAGCAGGUACCACUUGAAAAAUGGAUGAUGAUGAUUUUGGUGGUUUUGAGGCAGCAGAGACCUUUGAGGGUGGAAGUGGUGAAACCCAUACUACUUCUCCAGCUAUUCCAUGGGCAGCAUUUCCAACAGUAUCUGGAGUCCACAUUCCCCCACCUGUGUCUCCUGAGAGUCUUCUGGAGCAGUCUUUGUCUUCAGCUCAUCUUAUCUCUUCUAAGCCCAUCAUUUCAUCACAGGAUAGUACACUGGUUAUUCCACAAACCACUAACAAUAUGGUUCAGCAAUCAACAAAUACUAUUGAUCCUUCAGUUUUUCCAUUGGAUUUAACUGAUGAAAAAACUAAUGAAACAAUUUCACUUGUGGAUGAUACUGCUGAGGGUCACAAAGCUAUUGAGUUAAACAUGGAACUUCGACAAAAAGUUGCAAGCUUGAAGCUUAAACUUAAAGCUUCUGAAGAAGAAAAACAGAGAAUUAAAAAGGAUUUAGAAAUAUUGGUGGAAAAGCAUAGAGUCCUAGAAAAAGAUUUCCUAAAAGAAAAAGAAGAUGAAGCAGUUUUUCUCCAGGAUAAAUACAAAAUGCUUCAGGAAAAGCAUAAGCAACAAUUGGAAGAUAUGAGGAAAGCUGGGCAUGAAACCCUGAGCAUUAUUACAGAGGAAUAUAAGGCAUUACUGCAGACUACAGUUAAGCAGCAAGAAGAAUCUAUUGAAAAACAGUAUAUCUCUGCCAUUGAAAAACAAGCUCGCAAGUGUGAGGAGUUGCUUAAUGCUCAGCAUCAGAGGCUUCUGGAUAUGCUUGAUGCAGAGAAGGAACAGCUAACAGAAAAACUAGAAGAAGCUUUGACUCAACAGUCUCAAGAUCAGAAGGAAAUAUUGGGAAAGUAUUUGGCGGAAGAAAUGCAAAGAAGUAAAGAUGCAUUAGCAACUGCAGCAAAGAUUGAGAAAGAGACAAUGAAGGAUGCUAUUUUAAAAGCAGUAGAAGAAGAAAGAAAAAACUUGGAAAAAGUUCACACUGAAGAGAAGGAAAUGUGGAAGGCUGAGCAUGAUAAAGGUCAAGAAAAAGUAUCUCAGGCAAUCCAAGAAGCUUUACAAGAACAAAGAAAAAUAAGUCAGGAAACCCUCAAGGCAGUGAUGGCAGAGGAGCAGAAGCGAAGUGAAAAGGCUGUGGAAGAAGCUGUGAGAAAAACAAGAGAAGAACUGAUGGAGUAUGUAAAGGAACAGAAGAGGCUUGAUCAAGUGAUCCGCCAGAGAAGCCUAUCAACUUUGGAACUGUUUCUGUCUUGUGCCCAGAAACAAUUGAGUUCUUUAAUCUCUGAAGAACCAGCUUCAACAGAAGGAGGAGAACAUGACAAGCUGACCAUCACUGAGAGUGGCUAGAUCAUUUGGGCCCCUGAUUUACAUUCUGUGAAAUACAAAGAUGCUUUGCUUUUCUUUAUAAAAUAUUGUGGAUUAUAGUACUGGUUUAAGGAUAAUACAAAACAAUAUUUAGAAGAAUGUCAGUGAUCUAAUUUGUUUUGUUUUGUUUUCUCAUUUGCUUUCCUUUCAAGCAUAAUAUGACCUAAGAAAGUAAUUGAAAAUUACCACAUAAUCAAAACCUACACUUAUGUUGCAAAUUUUAUAGCCUCCAGUGGCCUGUUAUUGGCAAAUUUGGCAAAGGUAAUGCAUAUCGUAACUUACUGCCUCAAUAUGGCUUUUUACAAGAUGCCAGCAUGUGAUCAUAUAAUUUAUUUCUUCUUUUAGCAUAGGAGGAGGCCCAAGUUUCAAUAUUAUUUAGUUACCUCUUUGGAAUUUGGAUAUAAAGAUCUGAGUUUUCCUGGCCAUUUUUUCAGCUGUUUAUAAUACUUUUUGCCAGUGAACAGAGAGUGAAUAACAAGAGGAGAAAAGAGAAAUUUAAAGUAUUUUAUAUUUAAUUUUACUGUCCUGUUGAAACACAUGCUGAAAAAGAAGGAACAUAGUGUACAUAUGUGUGUGUGUGUGUAUGUGUGUAUGUGGUGUGUAUACAUAUAUAUGCAUAUAUAUGUUCUUCAAAAUGAGCAUUGAAAUUACUUCCUUAUGAAAAUCGAACUUUGUGCUUGAUCUAAUGAAAGGAGGUUCAUUUUAGUCCUUGAGAUCCACAUUCUACGAUUUCAAGUUCUAAUAGAGGGAGUAGGAAUAGUUUCCCCAUGAUUCUGAAUGUACUUAAUUUAUGAUAAGUACCUCAAACAUGAUAGAUUUGUGCCUCUGUUAAUGGGUGUUUUUCAUAUUUUUCAAUUUUUACAUGAAAGAGUGAUUUUUUUUCUGCCAUUGAAACUUACAUAAAUGUUUUAUCUUACUAUAUCUGUAAUGCUUCAACUUUCCUAUCUCCUGGUCUUUCUUAGAGCAAUAAAAAUAUCUACCCAAAGUGAA